AUGAAAGUUUUUCCAUAUUUUGGUCCGCUUCUUUUGUUAUGUCUCACACGGGAAAUACUCCACGUAACUUGUAAGACGAAGACGCAGAAGAGGUACGAUCAUGUAAAGCGGUUGAGAAACGAUUCGGUUUCAUAUUCACAGAGAACAAAGGAUGUCUUACAAAAUCAUUCCAAACGGAAAAAGAUUCCACAUGGUAAUAAUCAAGAAGGUCCCUUUUCUGAUGGCCCACAGAAGGGACUACGAAUAUUUAAGACGAACUUUACUAUUCAUAACAAACCCGAUGUACACAUAAUUGGCAAAGCUGGUUAUAAAUCAACAAAACCGUCUGCUAAGGACAGGGCAAACAGCGCUAGGAGCGACACGACACAGAAUCAUCUAGUAAAUAAAAUUUCAAAUUUCAAACCGGAUAAAAGAACAAAACCUAACGAUGCGCAUGCGAAGAAAAAUGCCAAGAAGAAAACGAUGGUUAAGAAAUAUUCUUUGUUUCAAUCCACGAAUCCAGUGCAGUCAGACUCAGAAUAUCAACCAAUCAUGGGAGGUGGGCAAGAUUUUGUAAUGGGAAACGAUCAACAAGGAGACGUUAGAGAUCAAGGAUUCUCCCUGGAGGGACAGCAACAACAGGCAAUGAUAAGUGAGACAAAUCCGUUAUCACAAUAUGAUACGGGACAGGACGGACAGGGACAGGAUGCUGCAGGAUAUCAACAGGAGAACAACCAGCCAUCUACUGCGAACUUUGCGGACAGCAAUUAUAACGAAGAUGCUGGUGAACGGGAUGGAGGACAACUUUCAAGUCUUGGCCAAGCGAUUCAGUUCCAGCAGGCAGGGUAUUCUCAACAACCUCAAGAACAAGAACAGGACGAGGAGAGCAUGAGCCAAGACAGCCAAGGCGGGGAGCUAGCGGGCCAGGGAAGCCAGUUGAUGGACGCCGGACAACUACAAUAUCAAGGCGAACAGGCUGGUCAAGGACAAGAUCAAGGUGCUCAGGAACAGGGCGAUCAAGAGCAAAGCGAUCAAGAUCAAACUGUAAGUCACAACGGUUUUGAGCAAGCCAGUUUUCAACAACAAGAGCCGCAGGAGGACGAGCAGCAGCAGCAAUCACAAGGCUUCGAACAGCAACAGCAACCACAAGACUUCGAACAGCAACAGCAGCAACAAGAUCAAACACAGGAAUUUCAACAACAACAAGAGGGGCCACAGCAACAACAAAGUGACGACCAACAAGGUCCAGAAGGAAUACCUACGGAGUCACAAGGACUUGCGGGUUCACCGAACUCGUACGAAAGCUUGCUUGGUGCAGACGGCCGACAAACUGGAGAUUCAGGGCAACUAGGGCAGGGAGCAGUCAGUUACGCGAGCGAACAGUCCCUUGGAGGUAGCAAUAAGAUGGCUCCUCCACCUGGAAUUCAAUAUGCAUCUUCAAUAGAAGAGGCACUCAAGGAACCAUCUGAGCCAACACAACAAUCACAGGAAUUCAAUAGUCAAGAAGGAGAUGGCCAAGGAGGUCAGAGUACAAAUGCCGGAGCUACUGCUAUCAAUAUUGGUCCAGAGACAGAAGCAAAAGAGGGAGGCAAUAAUGGUUUAAUGGGAGUAGGAGCUAUAAGUGCCCCAGGUGGGUAUCAAACCUCUACUGUCGAUGACAAUGGCAACCCCAUUAAUCCUGAGACUGAGAACGGUAUUAAUGGGUAUGCUUCAAUGAACAGCCAAGCCACAAACGGCGAGACGAAUCAGUAUGAGGAAAAUGCACAGCCGCAAAGUUCCCCUUCAGAAAAUCAAAAUGGGCUCGGCGUUCCUCAAGAGCAAUUUCUAGCGCCAGGCGCUGAGCCCAAAGUUCCUCCCCUUGAAGAUGACGUUUACAAGAUUAUCAACAUUGCAAACAAAAAUGGCCCGACGGCAGGUAAGUAUUGUUUAAGUUGUUUUCAUUAAUGUAGAAAAAAUCAUACUCUGGGUAAGAGCUUCUUAAAAUAAAGAAACUAAACAUGUAAGAGGGAAGGGAGAACGUAGUAAUUCUGUUACUCACUUGCAUUUGUAAACGAAGAAUGUCACUUUGUUUUUCUCAAUUAGGUAUCAAGGCUGCUAUGUAUUUAUACCCGUUGUUGAGUCUUUAUGUUUGUUCGCUCUUUAAAAUUUCCAAGAACAUAAUGCUUUAAAGUAAACUUUCGCUGUUCGCAAACGCUUGGCUAUAUAAACUAUAUCCAGAAGAAAAGAACUAUUAUUAUAAGUUAAGGGGGACACGGAAUAAUUGUAAGCGCUAUAGUAAACAGUAAAUCUGAUAAAUUAGAAAAAAAAACACUAAAAAUAAUAAGAGGAAAGGUAAAGAUAAAGGUUAUGUUAACCUAAAGUAAUUCAGUUAUUCAUUUACAAAAAGACCUUUCGUACUCCCAAAGCAGCAAUAUUCAGCUGAAGACAUCUUUAAAAAAUUAGCAAUGACGAAGUCAGACAAAAUACGCACAAAACAAACAACCAUAGUUCAAAGACCUGACCACAUUGCAAAAGUAAAGCAAUCUGCAUUUCAAACUGGAGCAUAAUGACAAGCUAUGCCAUAUAGAAGAAUUAGGAUCACUAUAAAUAGAUUACAGAAAUCUUGCAUUGAGUUUUCUUUUGUGCAUGUACAGUAAAGGGAUGUAAAGGAUGCCCUCCCCAUGCAAGGUGUAUAGACAAGGUCUGCAUUAUCAAUGAUGACCAGCCUUUGGCCCAUAUUCUGUCCGCUCUCUCUGGUCCGGAAUCAGGUAUAUGUUUUAAGAGUAAAGAGCCGUUUUAACGGGUCCAUAAGGCUGUCCAAUAUCAUCCAACAUUGCUGGACGAUGUUGGAUCUGUUUGAAUAGACCCAGAAAAGUUAACCCAUUCAACUAAUCAAGCAGACCUAAAUAGCAUCUAACACUGUCCAACAAGGUGUUCAAUGGUUAUCCAAUAUCAUCCAGCAUUGCUGGAAGGUGUUGGAUCUAUUUGAACAGCCCAGAAGUUUUAGCCCAUUUGACUGAUUAAACAUAAUUGAAUAGCAUUAUCCAACACUGUCCAACAAGGUUCUCAGUACGUCGAUGAUGAGAAGACAACUGUCACUAAAUGAAUGGUUUUAGUUGAACACGAUUUCAUUCAGAUACAAAGUAAAUUGAACUUUUUAACCUAAGAUAGCUCUUUUCUUGCGAUGCACAAAAUAUUUUUUAAAUGGGACAAGAUACAGUACUCAGAGAUUUGACGAGUUUCUGUAACCUAUACAGCAUCAUACAUAGGCUAGAGACCGUGUUCUACACUUCAAAUCCGCUUUACCCCCACUCUCUAAAUUAACGCUGCAUUGCACUUUUUCCUAACGCUUGUAAAUUAAGCUUUUAACAUUAACAUAAAUUAAGCAGGCUGCAGCUUAUUUUUUAGCCAAUAAUUAUACAAAUGUAUGAGAGGUGCGUGAAUGUUGGUUUGCCGAUCAUUAAAACGAUCUUUUUUUUUACCUGGACUUAAAAAAAAAUGUGUUAUCAAGUAGUACUUACAGAAAGGCUAUCAAUAACCUUCAAAAAAAAGAAUAAUCAAUCAAACCCAUCCAUCAGCCUUUUGAUGAAAUAAUGUUACAAAUAUUACAAUAAACACCAACGUGGAUGGAGGCCAUUUUCUCUUGACAAAAUAAGUAACGUUUGGUAAUUAUUCCCUUUUAGAACACGUUUCUGUUUCAGAUGAAGAGUCAUCGCCGAGUGCAUGCAAAGACGAAUGCCAUUAUAACGCUAAAUGUAUUAACAGAGAGUGCAUGUGUAAGGCAGGAUACACCGGGGAUGGAUUGGAUUGUCGCCGUAAGUACAGUCAGACCUCUCGUAAGAGGACAAUCUUGCGACAAGGAAACAACGAAGCAGUGGUUCCUUUCGUAAAUGGUCAUUGCCAUUUUUGGGACACUUAAAAAGUUUUUGACAUGUUAUUGAGAAUGUUCCUUUUUUAAAAAAGAAAAAAAAAUCGCACCCCAGGGUCGAACUCGGAUCUUUCGUACAGUAAUCUCUCUCCCUUACCACUAGUGUAUUACACACCGAUCCGCCAAAAUCCCGAAAAACUUAAGUACAUAAACUAGCAAACUGUCUUUCUUGACAGUUACAUCAAUAACAGGUUACCCUAGCCCUUUCCAUAACUUUUAACGAAAAUUCAACUUGGGCUUCAAGGUUGUUCUUUCAAAGACUAUUCAAAAACGUAUAAUUUCUCCUAUUUUAACUAAAUCCGGGGAAUAUAUUAUAUCUAUCAUGACUAAAGGCUCGGUUACCAAUGGUGGAAUCGACCGUUUAAAAUGGCAACGACCGUUCACGAAAGGGAAAUAGGCAGUGCCGAAACGUUAGAAGAAAGUGUUAGAAGAGGCGUUAUCUUCAGCGGAAAAAUGUACAGUUUGUAUGUCUCAGGUACCGUGUUCACGUACUGUUAGCAUCCACUUGUGUGCAUCUCAUAAAUCUAAACCGUUUUAGCUGAUGCCACAAAAAUCCACAAAACGCACAAAAGAAAGAGACUUUGGUAUUUACUUCCCUCGGAAAGGGGUUAACCCUUGCGGUCUGUAGGAAUGCGUGGUGGCAAAAGAUAGUUUUUGGACCUCUAAUUUGGAAAUUGGUUAUAGAUUUCAACCUUUUUGUUACGGAAUACGAUAAGAUUUUGUGCUGUCUGGCGCGUCCAUUACAGCGGGAGUUAAUUUCAGUCAAACGUCCGUAAUUUAUUUUUGCCCGGGAUUUAGGCGCUGUCCGAAUUAUCUGGGUGUCCGUUAUAACGGGGUGUCCGUAAGGCAAGAGUUGACUGUAACAGUUUUUUCUAUCUGUGUCUUCCACACUCACAGCUGAUACAUGCCUUCCCGGCUGCAAGCAACACGGAAAAUGCAUCAAAGGAUUUUGUGUAUGCGACCAUUCCCAUUACUUCAAUGGCUACGAGUGCGCACGUACGUCAAAUUUCAAUUUAUUUGACGCCUUAAGUCUCGUCUUCCAGGGUUCAUCCAGCAUUGCUGGACGGUGUUGGAUAUGUUUUAAUAGACCCGGAAAGUUUAACUCAUUCAACUGAUCGAACUAAACUGGAUAGCAUCGAAUACUGUCCAUCAAGGUGCUCAAUGGUUGUCCAAUAUCAUCCAGCAUUGCUGAAGGGUGUUGGAUCUGUUCGAAUAGACCCAGAAGAUUUAACCCAUUUAACUGAUCUAACAUGAUUGAAUUAUAGCAUCAAACACUGUCCAACAAGGUUUUCAAUGAGUCGAUGAUGAGAUAACUACUGUCACUAAAUGAAUGAUUUGAGUUGAACAAGAUUUUAUUCAGGUCAAUUUUUAACCUAAGAUAGCUCCUUUCUCGAGUUGCACAAAAGGUACCAGUUCAUUCCAGGGAUCACGCUAUGAUACACAUCAUGUGAGAUAAAAAUAGGGUGACAAGCUAGAUACAGCGUUGUUUCUCUUUCAAAUGUAAUUGUUCCAAGAUGUGACUUAAAAGUAAAAAGAUCCACAAAGCAAACGAAAUCUUCGUUUUAACCCUGCGAUAUUCUUCGUCACAUUUUUUUACAGUUUCGAACAAGUACAUGUAUGACUCAUUUACGCUUUGAACGAGCAAAAAUUUUGAUUUCUUAUAAGCAUAAAAUAAUGUUUCCUUUAUCAUUCUGUUAAAUGUUUAAUUUUUUGUUCCUGCGUUUGUUUGUUUGUUUUUUCUCUACCUGUUUUAUCCCCUUUAAGUAUAUGUCGUUGAAUGAAAACGUAAACAGUUUUCACUGACGUUUGCAUUUUCUUUUUCUCAAUUUCAGCAUACACGAUAACGCACAAGAACUGCCCCCUUCAGUGCUCAGCAACAUGCCAUGCAGGAUGUCCACCAAAUUGUUGCAAACAUCAUCCAGCUAUGAAGCUUCAUAAUAAUGAUGGUAAUCCCCAGCAAAUGACACCACAACCUAAUGGCCUUUCUUCAAAACCAAAAGUCAGCCCCCGUCCAACGGAAGUUGUUCUCAAACCUAUUGUUAAAGUGGGCGAAGCUCUAACAAACUUUGCAUCAGACUUUCAACAGCGUCCAGGCGAGUCCGACGCUGCUGGCCUCGAAGCCGUUACCGUGAAUGAUCCAGCAGGGGGAUUUGCAGUUUCAGACACAGACGCAAAACCUCUUCUAGGAGAGGAAGGCUGCCCUGGACAGUGUAAAUCUGAGUGCCGGGACACUUGCCCUGUAAGAUGCUGCUUAGGAAAGUGUCCUUUCAGCUGUGCGGAAAAAUGUGAGCCAUCAUGUCCAAAACCCUGUUGCUAUGUUGAUGGAACAAAAAAUCAAUUCCCAAUGAUGGAUCCCAAGAUACAAGAAACCUUUAUGAAAACAAUGGCAGAGAGAUUUUGUCCUCGCGCUUGCAGACCCAAAUGUGAUGCGAAAUGUCCGCCAAUUUGCUGUGAACGAAACUCUUCUUCGGCUACCUUAACAGAUGCAAACUUCCAGCACCUUAAAAGCGAGAGCAAAAAUGGUGCCGAUUUCUUCCGAAACGCAAUGAGCUGGUUUGGAAUGAUGAACUUUUUAAAUAUGAUGUACAGUAUGUACGGUAAUCUCUAUAGUCCGAAACAUAAGCAUUCCCCUUGGAAAUCAGAUGACCAUAAAUUGAAGACAGCCCAUCUCACAAAGUCCAAGAAAGUAGUUCAACAGAACCGUAUUACGAUUAAGGACGUCGGCGUUGCUGAGAAACUAAAUGAUAAAACUCCUCAGUGUCCGGGAUACUGCGACAAGACAUGUUUGCCUCCCUGUCCACAAAACUGUUGUCAUAAUAAAGUUAAUGAAACAAAGUCAUCUCAGGUCACUCCAACGUCAAAUUGCCCUCCUUCAUGUUCUUGGUUCUGCUCAAACAGCUGUCCAGGGUAUUGUUGCUCGAAGGAUAAGAAGCCAUUGGUGCUGGAACAUAAUGCAACAGAACCAGUUAAGGCAGCAAAUCGAGCCUCGGGGGCUCCACCUCAAGCUUCCCCUCCUAAACCACCUUCAGCUUGCACAGCUAGUUGUCCAGCCUAUUGCUACCCACACUGCUUAGAAAACUGCUGCCUAAGGGGUGAAAUGCCAGCCAUUAAACCAGCAGCAGUCCAUGUUCAAGCCAAACAGUCAUACGAUAACUUCUUCUCGAAGAAGCCUACGCCCUCGUCAAACCAGGCUUGUCCAUCAAUUUGUGAAAACAGCUGCGCACCUUCAUGUCCAGUGAGAUGUUGUGCUGGCAUUUUAUCGUCGCUGCCACCGUCAGCAAAGUCUCCCGCUAAAAUUAAGGCACCCCUUUGUCCAGGUGGUUGCCUUUCUGAAUGUUUUCCCGCUUGCACUAUAAGUUGCUGUACAACGGCCCCCAAGAAACUUAAUUCUGACAUGCGCGGCCCAACGGAAAAUCCCACAAGACGACACGAUCAGCCUCAUCCAAAAGCUCUAUCAUUCCCUUUGCCACCACCAAUUGCACUUUGUCAUCCAGGCUGCCCACGUUCGUGUUAUCCCAACUGCGAUGAAACCUGCUGUAAGGCCUCAUCUGCCCACGCAUCUAGCCUGGAAAGACCAGGUCAAGCGGGUGACUCUACGCAGUUUACGAUUAAAGUGCCUUGUCCUAUGGAAUGUAGGCCGUUUAACUGCCUCUACUACUGUCACCACGAUUGCUGCUUAAGAGGGAAGCAACCAAUGGACCAAAAACGAAAUCGUUAUCAAACGCUUAGGUUAGCGCAAAAAAUGAAAUACAUUAACGGCAUGAGAAAGAAAAAGACAUUGGACUCCAGAUUUAAAAAUAUGCAUGUUCCUUUAGAUAAAAGAUCUGGAGUUGGAAGUGGAACAAGAGGUUAA